UUCUCCCGGACGGAGACACUCGUUUUCUCCAUCGCAAAGUCAAAUCAUCACCAAUAUCAAACUUACCAUCACCACUAUCACAACAUCCUACCUCCGCACCACUCUUUCACCACCAUGCCUUACAGAACCAACUACGAACCUUACACCAGCCAAAGCUUCGACAUGAAGCGGGAGCUUUCCACCGAGGAGAUCCUCUAUCCCCUCGGAUCCCUCUACCCCCACGUCGUCGCCCUCCAGCUCCAAGCCAACGAGUACCCAUGGUGCAAGGCCAGCCAGUCCUCGGGCUACCACGACAGCAGCUACUGGGCGGAGGUCGAAACGCCGGAGCAUUUGUCCACCAAAUCCACCGCACGCAGGUACAGUGACUCCACAACGUCCCGCUUCGUGUCACGAAUCCGACGCUUCCUCAGCCGAGACGAGCUGAGACGCCGUGCCCGACAUGCCUGAGAGCAUUCCUUUCCUUAUCGAUUUCUAUUACAUUCUUCGUCGACAUUUCGCAUUUCGCAUUUCGCCUUUCGCCGUCUUUUGCAUAGCCGCUGAGCGACCCGUCUGGCACGACGGUUUCUUUUGUCAUCAUCAUCAUCAUCAUCAUCAUAUCAUACAUCCUUCCAGCAUACAGGAUCGCUCCUUGAAUUUCCUUUUGUCUCUUGUCAUCAGGUUGCACCGGUAUCAUUUCGGUUGGGUUUAGCGAGGAGUUCGGGCAUGGAAGCAAGGGAGACGGGCACGCCGGUUUCGGUUCGAUUAGUCCUGACUGACUGAGUCAGAUGAGUAAAUAAUCAUAAUGAAUCAUGUGAAC